AUGAGAAAAAGAGGUGGUACAAGUGCUAGUGGAAUUGCUCCAGGAACAUCCCAUCAAUUUGGAGAAUUUACUGUCACAAUGCUUUCUCAAACAGUAACUCAUCCUUUGCAAAGUAAUAUUGCUGAUUAUUUCAAUAGAACUAGUGGUGGAAAUUCAUGUUGUAGAUCUUGUGGCGAAUUAUCCAAACCUAACCUAUUCCUGUUUGGAGAAAAUAUCUAUUGUGCAAGAUGUUCCAAUGAAAUGAAACGAUUCUACAUGGAAAGUUACAAGCAGAAAGAAGAUAUGAGAGAAAAAGCUUUGGCAUGUCAAAGAGAAUUGGACAAACCUCAAUCGGCAUUUGCUAGGACCAUAGUAAUCCGUUCACCUGUUUCUUCACCACAAGCUAGUGAAACCUCAACAGUGAGAACAAGAGCCAGAGGAUUUUCCUCAGUCCUGGCAAUAUCCCCUCAUUCUCGAUUGACCACUGCUCUACCAAGUAGUGCAGGAAGUGGUGGAGCUGAAUUUUCAUCACCUCUAUGCUCUCCAGUUCUAAAAUAA